AUAUCCCAAGAAAAACACACACUUUUGUUCCCUCUCUCAUUGCUGUUGACUGAUCAUGUAAUCUACAGUAAGAAUGGAACCUUUGAUGUGUUUUUAAAAUAUUUUCUUAGCUAUUUAAGACAGGCCUUAGCCCCCAACAUGGGUGAGUUUAAGUUCAACUCCAUGGCUUAUUACACUACUAACAGCAGCAGCAGCAUCAAUGGCACUUCCCUAGGUUGGGAUCUUCAAAACCUCGGAGUUGUCAACGCAGACAUGCCUUUAGAUUUCUCUUCUGGGUAUCUCGAAGAUGCUUUGCUUGAAUUCACCGAACGAUCCAAACGAAGAAGACUGUUGUUGUACAACGAUGAUGAUCAUGGUGAAAUCAGUGGUUUCAAUGAUCUUGCAAUGCAAGGAUGCUGGGAUUAUAGCUGCAACUGGGGCCUCUCUGAAGAUUUCACCUGCAUCAAUGGCGUUUCAGAUCAGAUGAAAACAACAGAUGCUUUUGAUUCGUCGUCGUCUUCUUCAUGCAAGCUCUCGGCUGUGAAAACCAAGUCGUUUUCUUCCGGAAACGAAGAUAAGACGAAGAUGAAGAAGAGGGUGAUAACGAGGGUUGUUUAUCCAUUCGCAUUGGUUAAGCCCGGCGGCGUCGAAGGCGAUACGACUCUGAAUGACAUUAACGAAAGGAUUCUAAUGCCGCCGUCGAGGCCUGUAAGGCACCCGGUCGGCGACUUCGCUUGUCGGCCAUGCGUAUCGGCCGAUGGUCCCGGCCUCUCCGGUAAAGAUGUUGUGGCCCUCACCAAAAUACACACCCAAGGGAGAGGCACCAUCACCAUUAUUCGAACCAAAGAUUUGUACUUUUGAGUGAAAAAGACUUGUGCUUUGAACCAAAUGGGACGUGAAGAAGAAGCAAGAAGAAAGAAGAGAUGGGGUAAAAAGAAAGGAAAAGGAAAAGCUAUGGGAAUUAUUGCUUUAUUUCCACAUUUUGUUUUGAUGAAGACACCAAACCAAAGGGCUAAAUUUUAGCUUUUGUGCCCUUUGGUGUCUUCAAAUAUAUCAUGAAUCUUGACCA